AUGGAUAAUUUUUGUACCAAAUUACACCCCAGAGCAUUUGCAGGAAUAUGUAUAGGGUUUUUGAAUAAUUAUUGCCAAAAUCAAUCCAUAUGCGGAUUAUAACAUUUUAGCAUUGAAUAACUAAGAGACAAAAUUCAAUAACAUCCAAUUAAUGGAAUUAGGUAGUAUAAUUUAUGUCCGACAAAUUGUUAAGACUUGAAUUGUAGAUAUUUACAUCCUCCUUGGUUAAAAAAUGUUUGUCUAUAGUGUUUAAAUAAAAAAAAAUAAUGUAAAGGUGAGCCAGCCUUAAUUCAUAAAGUGACUUGGGAUAAAUUAAGAGAUAUUGUAUACAAAGAGUAUUCAAUUUCAGGAGCGAAUCCAGAAAUGUUUUGCGACGAGAUCAAUUGUAAUUGUCCUGCAAAAAUUUACAAUUUCGAUUAAUUUUGCAUAAAGAAUUUCAAAGGCAUCUGUCCAAUGUUAGAUGGUAGAUGUAUCAAGCCUCAUAAAAGUUGGGAAAGUUUAUAAGAAAAUUCACUCUAGAAAGUAAAAGAGAAAGCAAUUGUUGCCAGAGGGUGUAUAAAAUUUGAUGAAAAAGAUAAAAGUUUUAUUAAAUAAUAAUAAAAACAAUAACAAAUGCAAGUCUUUAUAGAGCAAAGAUCACUUUUGACAAUGGUAAACCAAAUUGAGCUUCGACCCCAAGUGGAUAUUAUAUUUAUCAUAGAUUGUACCAUAAGUAUGGAAGAUUGGUUAAUUGCUGCAAAACACAAUAUCAAAUUUAUAAUUAAAGAAUUUACAAAAAAGAUUUCGGUUUCAUCUUGUGUCCGAAUAGCUGCUGUUUGUUAUAGAGACUUUACUGAUGGACCUAAUCAUAUUUAAUACCACGAUUUCACUGUUCAGCCAGAAGAAAUAGAAAAGUUUAUUGAUAAAUUUCAACCUAAAGGAGGAGAAGACAUACCUGAAGAUUUGAUUGGAGCCUUAGAUGUUGCAUACAAUUUAAAUAUUUCUAAACAUCCAGACAGUAUUUUAUAGAUAUUCACUAUAACUGAUGCCCCUUGUCACGGAAGAAAAUAUCAUAGUUGUUUAAUUGAUGAUAGGCCUGAUACAAAUAAUUUAGAGGAGAAAUUAGAAAAUUUUGUGAAAAAAAAGAAACGAUUUUUUUUUUCUUUUAUUUCCAUUAAAUAAUAGACUGAUAAGAUGGAAGAAAUUUUUAAGAAGUGCGUUCCAAAUUACUCAAGUGCUAAGAUUACAGAAAAUAAAUUUUCAGAUUAUGUUUUAUUUUCAUUAUCUGCAACUAUGCAUAAAUCAACAAAAAUAGAGGAUGAUAAUGACUUUAUAUUUAGAGAAGUUAAAUAUAGAAAAUAGUAGCAAAUGAAUUAUAGUUUUGAAGCAAGGAAUGGCUCUUACAUGAAUUAAUUUAGAUCUUAAAUGAAAAAAACAAAGCUGCAAAAAAAAAGAACAUUAUUAUAAAUUGAAAAAUCCGAACUCAAUCUAUAAAACAACGAAAAAGGAUAAAAUGUUUAGGUUUUUAAAGCUUUUGAUUAAAAAAAUAAUAUUUACGUGAUAAAAAAAAAUUAAUUUAUCACUGAGGAAUUACAAGUAAAAUCGAAAAAUUAUGCCAAAAACAAAUAUUAACAGCAAUUAAUUGCUAAAUAGUUAUCUCAUUAUUUUAAUCAAUAAUGCGAUUAAUAGAAAGGAAAAUUUCUACCUAUAUAUUAUGCUACACCAUAUAUUUAUUAUUUUGAUCUUCCAGUAUUUGGAAUAAAAGUCAUAUAUGGAGAAAGCUACAUUGAUUUAGACAUUCCUUGGCAAAAAUAUAGUAACAAUGCAGAUUUUUUUGAUAAAGAGUAUAAUUUUACUACUUUUUCCCAUUUUACAUAUGUGAAGACUAAUGAAAAUCUCAUUAUCACUGACUUAUAAGGAAAAUCAAAUUUAUUAAGUGAUCCAUGCAUUCAUUCCAAAGAGUUUGAAGACGAAGGAAACUGCUAAGAACUUGGUAAAAAUAAUUUUUUCUAAUUUCAGCAUUAGAAAUGCACACCUUUAUGCAUUACUCUUAAAUUGGGUAAAAAUAUACUUCAAGCAGAUGCAUCAUAAUUAGGAUAAUAUGAGCAAAUAAGUGAUGUAUUCGGUGGUAAAACUGAUCAAAGUAAACUUUAGAAAAUUUGUGCAAAUUGUAAUUGUUAGGAAAAAUUGGAAAAUUUGAUUAAUUUUCAAGAAAUAUGUAGUGGAUGUCUAGAAAAGAAAAAGUAGGAAGAUGUGUGUAAAUGUGAAUGCUGUAAUGAGGAGUUUAAAAUUGCAUUUAAUUAUUAAUAAUUACAAGAAACCUUUAUCAAUUUCUGUAAAAACUGCAAAAACAGUGAAUGUAAUUUUUUCAACUAGCAAUGUCAUUAUUGCCAAAGCAAAAUCUGCAAAUAGACUGAGAAAACAAUUUAAAUCCAAAACAAGACUUACUACAUAUGCUUAGAUGCGUUUCAUUACUUGAGAUAGAUUAAAUGCAUACGUUGUUUAAAAGAGUAUUAAUUUUAGAAAUUAUUGACAAAAGAGGAGUAUUGUGAUAAUCAUUAUAAUUACAUUUGCAAUGCUUGUGUUUGA